CUCAACUCAUCUGCUGUCGUUGUCAUCGAAUCACAGUGUUUAUUUUUUGCAAAAAUCGGUAAUACGUAUGUUAUUCCAAAUGUAUGAGUUUAAACAAUUGAUUUGCUGAAAGAGACAAUCUUAAUGAUACAGAAAUGGCCACCGACAAUUCUGGCUAUUACGAUUGGAAUGCUACCCAAAAAAAUGUUGAUCCGGCUGGAGGUGCUUAUCGUUACGAUUUUGGCCAGCCAGAGUUUGGCACACAACCUCAGUUUGGCCAAUUCGAUUACGACAGUUCUCAAAAUGUAAAGAUUUCAUCUCAUCCUAGCUCUGCACAGAAUCAGGGUAUCUACUAUACGCCCCCUACAGCAUACGCUGGCAGCAUCUUAACUCCUGAAGCUUCAUCGCCAUUCACUGAAAGCAACGAGGAAAAUUAUGAAGACGAGCCUCCUUUGCUUGAAGAGCUUGGAAUAAAUUUUGAUCACAUUUGGCAAAAGACUAUUGCAGUUUUGAACCCAAUCAAAGAACCUAAUGCUUCAAUUUUGCAAGAAACCGAUUUGACAGGACCUUUAGUUUUUUGUUUAUGUUUUGGUGGAUUUCUGCUCCUUAGCGGAAAAGUUCAUUUUGGGUACAUCUAUGGUAUUGGUGUAGUGGGGUGCAUUUGUAUGUACGCAUUAUUAAAUUUAAUGAGUGAAAAUGGAGUAUCUGUUGGUUGCACCAUAAGUGUGUUGGGAUACUGUCUACUACCCAUGGUUGUUUUGUCAGGGCUGUCGGUAUUGUCAUUAAAAGGUACUAUAUGUACUGUCUUCACUAUUAUUGCGGUAUCCUGGUGUUCUUUGUCUGCUUCUAAAUUAUUUGUAACAGCCUUGGCAAUGGAUCAUCAGCAACCUUUAGUUGCAUAUCCUUGUGCAUUAUUAUAUGGGGUAUUUGCAUUGUUAACUAUAUUUUAAAGCUGUAUUUAAGGUUAUGUAAUCUCACCCUGUUAAUUAAAAUAUAUUUAUGAAAAAGUUGUUUGAGAGUUUGUUUAAACACGUUCUUAUUAGAAAUAUUUAUCUGCCAAAAUUGCUUUUGAUGCAGAG